AUGCCCGCUACAUCCAUCACCAUCAUCUUCUCACCCUACCACGUCGGCCUCCGCAACCACCGCGUCGGCGAUGGCCCAAACCGAAUCCGAGCUCUCGGCCUCAUUCCCCAACUUGAAGCCCUAGGCGUCGCCGUCAGUAUCGACGAAAUCUCACCCGUCGACGACUUCGAAGGCGAGAUAGGCCGAAGUUUCGAAGUCCUCCGCCGCACCUCCCUAGCAGUCAGCAAAGCCCGAACCGGCAAUUCCUUCCCUUUCAUACUCUCUGGCAACUGCAUGGCUAGCGUAGGGGCAGCAUGCGGAUUGGGUAUCAAGGACCUCAACUUCAUCUACUUUGAUGCGCACGACGAUAUGGAUACGCCUUCCACGAACGAGAAUGGGUAUUUCGAUGCCAUGGGCUUGUCGAUGUUGGCGGGGAAGAGCUGGCAUUGGCAUACGGAGCAGAUACCGGGGUACGCGCCGAUGAACUACAAGGAUAGGUUCUUGUACGUGGGCCUACGCGAUGUGAAUGAGACGCAGAAGAAGACGGUUGCGGAAGCUGGAGUGGAUGUUAUUUGGGGUGAUGCGAAGGCUGUGGAUUUCCCGGGUGAGUUGGAGAAGCGACUUGACAAGAGGGAUAUGUCGCCGUCGCUUGUGCAUCUCGACUUGGACGUCCUGGAUAAGAGUGUGGGCAUGGUCAAUGGGUUUGAGAGUGAGGGUGGACUACAAGAAGAGGAUCUGGUCAGGUGCAUGAGUUUGUUGCCGAAGAAGGCUACGCCGGUAUCGUUUACCAUGUGCUCUUUCAACCCAAAUCUGGGUGAUGGGGAUAAGAUUGCGGGUAUAGGCAUUCGCGCUGCUGUAGCUUUUGUGAAGGCGUUGAUUGCGACAUCAGUGCUGUCAGCGCAACAAUAG